UGGCCCGGGACUGGCGGCGACGGGCAGCUCCGGCAGCGGGCGGGAGGAGAAGGAGGAGACCUCAGUCUGGGCAAGUUCCGGGGCUAGAGAGCGGCGGGAGUCAGCAAACUCUCGAAGAUCCUUUCCCGAUGUGAAAGAACAGCCAGUGAGCCCGGGGCAUGGGUGUGAUGCCGGGGAGGGAGUAAGCAAGUCCAGCCAGCAGGAACGGAGAGACCAGGUGCAGACCCCAGACCGGGAGCCGGACCCGGAGAAGAUCCCGAUUCGAGACCCGGACGCGGGGCAGAUCCCGAUCCAGGGUCCUGGCGCGGGUGCUGAAACCCGACCAGAAGACUUUCACUGGAUGGAGACAGGAAGCGGCGAAGAGAUCAUCCCGGAACAGGGAGCGGAUACCUCAGUGGGCAGCCUCAACGACACCGCCGCACCCCGUACCCCUGACGGCUCCGAAACGGGCGAUAGGAAAGGGGAACGGGCGGCAGAGAAUACACAGUACAGCGAUAGGGGGGAGGUACAGGACCUGCGACUUAGAGAAGCACAGCAGCCCGAGCAGCAGAGAACGAUGGCACGACAGGAUUUAGAGUCAUGUGUGUGGGGAACGCAGGACCGAGAGCCCGGGCAACCUAAGCUGAGAGAAAUACAGGCCAAGGAGUGCGCCGUGGAGGCGAGGAGUGGGAGGAUAUGGCCAGAAACGCAGGACAGUGCUGUAGUUCACUAUGUGCGGUCAGAGCAGCGGAUAGACCCUGCGUCUGGUACACAGGACAGGGAGCAAAGACCGGGAACACCCGGCGGGGUGGCAACACCGGGGAGAGAACGGGAAGAGGGAGAGAGAGAGACUGCAUCAGAAACACAAGCCAGCGAGCUGGGAAUUCAGGACGAGGGGAAUGCACAAGAUACACAGGACAAUAAGGAAACGGAGGGAAAACACGGCAAGGAGACAAAACCAGAACCACAAAACGUUGAAGCUAAGGUAAAAAUGCAGGACAACCUCCUUGUAUGUGAUCCAACCAUGGAAGUAUUGGUCGAAACGCAGGUCGGUGUGGCUGUGGAGGAAAUGCAGGACCUUGAUGUUGUGGUAGAUACGCAGGCCAGCAAGGCCAAGGUUGAAAUAGAGGAUAGUGAGGUUUCAGUAGAAACGCAGGACAUUGAAGUUGUAUUAGAAACCCAGGAUGGCAGGUUUGUGCUAGAUACACAGGGUGGUGUGGCUGUGGUAGAAAUAGAAGACAGCAAUUUUCUUGUGGAAAUACGGGACAGAAAUCCCGUGUCAGAAACACUGGACCAUGUGCCAGUGGCUGAUAUGCCGGAAAUCAAGGCCGUGGUGGGGACGCAGAGCACAGGCGUUGCUGUAGUAUCACCGGGGAGGGAAGUUGUGACGGAAAUGCAGGAUGCUGAAUCUUUGGAAGAAACACAAGGCACUGAGUUUGUAGAUGAAAGCGAUUACAGUGAGAUAGUGGAAGAAAUGCAGGACAGUGAGGCUGUAACAGAACUGCAGAGUGAUGAGACUGUGAGAGAGUCACAGGACGCUGAGGUCACAGAAGAAACACAGGAUGGCGAGGCUGUAACUGACAUGCCAGAUGGCAUUGUUGCAACAGAGAUGCAGGCAGGGGAGGAUGUAGAAGAAAUGCAGGAUGUCGAGACUGUGACAGAAACACAGGAUAGUGAGGCUAUAGCAGGAACGCAGGAUGGCGAGGAUGUAGAAGAAACACAAGAUGGUGAGGCUAUAACAGAAAUGCAGUAUGGCUUGAAUGCAACCAAAACACAGGACAGCAGGGCUGCGAUAGAAAUGCAGGAUUGGGAGGUUGUAGAAGAAACACGAAACAUUAAGUUUGCAACCAAAACACAGGACAGCAGGGCUGCAAUAGAAACACAGAAUGGUGAGGCUACAGCAGAAAUACAGGAUGGUAAGGCUGUUAGAGAAAUGCAGGUCAGCAAGGCUGUAACAGAAACACGGGACAGUCAGGCUGUAACAGGAACAGAAAACAGUGACGCUGUAACAGAAACACAGGAUGGUCAGGCUGUAAUAGGAAUGCAGAACAGUGAUACUGUAACAGAAACACGGGACGGUCAGGCUGUAACAGGAACACGGAACAGUGAAGUUGUAACAGAAACGCAGGACAGUGAGGUUGUAACUGAAAUGAUGGAUGGUGAGGCUAUAACCAAAAUGCAGGACAGUCAGGCUGUAACAGAAACACAGGAUGGUCAUGUUGUAACAGAAACACAGGAUGGUCAGCUUGUAACAGGAAAGCAGGACAGUCAGGCUGUACCAGAAACACAGGACGAUAAGGCUGUAACAGAAAUGCGGGAUCAUCAGGCUGUAACAGGAACACAGAACAGUCAGGCUGUAACAGAUACACAGGAUGGUCAGGCUGUAACAGAAAAACAGGACGUUGAAGCUGUAAUAGGAACGCAGAACAGCGGGGCUGUAGCAGAAACACAGGACGUUGAGGCUAUAACAGAAACACAGGAUGGUCAGGCUGUAACAAGAGCACAGAACAGUCAGGCUGUAACAGAAUUGCAAGAUGGUCAGGCUGUAACAGGAAUGCAGAAUAGUGAGGCUGUAACAGAAACACAGGACAUUCAAGGUGUAAGAGAAACGCAGAAUGGUCAGGCUGUAACAGAAACACAAGAUGUUCAGGGUGUAACAGGAAUGCAGAACUGUGAGGCUGUAACCGAAACACAGGACGGCCAGGCUGUAACAGGAAUACAGAACAGCAAGGCUGUAGCAGAAACACAAGAUGGCCAGGAUGUAACAGAAACACAGGACGAUCAGGCUGUAACAGGAAUACAGGACAGUCAGGCUGUAUCAGGAAUGCAGAACAAUGAGGCUGUAACAGAUACGCAGAAUGGUGAGGUUGUAACAGAAACACAAGAUGGUCAGGCUGUAACAGAAACACAAGACGGUCAGGAUGUUACAGGAAUGCAGAAUUGUGAGGCUGUAACAAAUAUACUGGAUAGUGAGGUUGUAAAGGAAACACAGGAUGUUGGGGCUGUAACAGAAAUGCAGGGUGGUCAGGCUGCAACAGGAAGGCAGAACAGUAAGUCUGUAAUGGAAACACAGGACAGUCAGGUUGUAACAGGAAUGCAGAACAGCAAGGCUGUAGCAGAAACACAAGAUGGCCAGGAUGUAACAGAAACACAGGACGAUCAGGCUGUAACAGGAACACAGGACAGUCAGGCUGUAUCAGGAAUACAGAACAGUGAGGCUGUAACAUAUAGACAGAAUGGUGAGGUUGUAACAGAAACACAGGAUGGUCAGGCUGUAACAGAUAGACAGAAUGGUGUGGUUGUAACAGAAACACAGGAUGGUCAGGCUGCAACAGGAACACAAGACAGUCAGGCUGUAACAAAAAUACAGAAAGGUCAGGCUGUAACAGAAACACAGGACGUUGAAGCUGUAACAGGAACGCAGAACAGCAAGGCUGUAACAGAAACACAGGACGUUGAAGCUGUAACAGGAAUGCAGAACAGCGAGGCUGUAACAGAAACACAGGACGUUGAGGCUGUAACAGAAACACAGGACGAUGAGGCUAUAACAGAAAUGCAGAAUGGUCAGGCUGCAACAGGAACACAGAACAGCAAGGCUGUAACAGAAACACAGGACGUUGAAGCUGUAACAGGAACGCAGAACAGCGAGGCUGUAACAGAAACACAGGACGUUGAGGCUGUAACAGAAACACAGGACGAUGAGGCUAUAACAGAAAUGCAGAAUGGUCACGCUGCAACAGGAACACAGAACAGUAAGUCUGUAAUGGAAACACAGGAUAGUCAGACUGUAACAGAAACACAGGACGUUGAAGCUGUAACAGGAACACAGAACAGCGAGACUGUAACAGAAACGCAGAACGUUGAGGCUAUAACGGAAACACAGGACACUGAGGCUGUGAAAGAAACACAGGACAGUCAGGGUGUAACAGAAACACAGGAUGUUCAGGCUGUAACAAGAGCACAGGACAGUCAGGCUGUAACAGAAUUGCAAGAUGGUCAGGCUGUAACAGGAAUGCAGAAUAGUGGGGCUGUAACAGAAACACAGGAUGUUGAGGCUGUAACAGAAACACAGGACACUGAGGCUGUGAAAGAAACACAGGACAGUCAGGGUGUAACAGAAACACAGGAUGGUCAGGCUGUAACAGAAACACAGGACGGUCAGGCUGUAACAGAAACACAGGACAGUCAGGCUGCAACAGGAACGCAGAACAGUGAGGCUGUAACAGAAACACAGGAUGGUCAGGCUGUAACAGAAACACAGGACGGUCAUGCUGUAACAGGAAUGCAGAACAGUGAGGCUGUAACAGAAACGCAGAAUGGUGAGGCUGUAACAGGAACGCAGGACGGUCAGGCUGUAACAGAAAUAUAUGAUGCAGAGAGAGAGGCGGGGACUAGUACGGGUACACAGGACAGCCAGCCAGUGCUAGAACCACAGGCAAGGCUGUACAGUUCAGUAGUACAGGGGAGUGAUGGAGGAUCACAGGGUAAACACACUGCUCAAAUAGAGCAAGGUUCCAGGAGACAGGGAAGAGCAACAGAUCAACAGGCAGUGAAAUUCCGGGAAGUGGGAUAUUCUGGCUCGCUCACUCCUGCAGCGGGACUCUGGCGUGUGCCAGACCCAGACUGGGCUGAUCCCGGGAAGCUGAUCAGACCGGGUGUUCCCGGAGACUCCGCGCUUCCCCGUGUCCACAGUGCGGAGCGGGGAUUCCGUGACUGCGCGGCCCCGCUGGAGACACCGACACAGCCAGCGGAGACUCCGGGAGUCCAGCCCAGCCCCGCAGAGCUCAGCACGAUGGAGACUGUGGGUGGAGCAGAAGUUCCCUGAGCGCCAGGAGAAGGGAAGCCCAUCCAGAGCCAGGCACGGUGGAAACGAUGGACUGAGCCUCCGAUGCCAGAAUUGUUCACUCGAUCACCGGCCCGGGACCCCCGGCAGACUGUGGUCCACGCCUGUUUACUGUAGAGCCUCCUCGCUGAAGUUCCCACUCUCCCCCGAGUUCUCCCCGCACAGGUCCAAUGACCUGUUGGUGAUUUUAUUUAUUUAUUUGUUUUUUUAUUUAUUUAGAGAUACGGCGUGGAACAGGUGCUUCCGGCCCUUCGAUUUAAUCCUAGCCUAAUCACGGGACAAUUUACAAUAGCCAAUUAACCCACCGACCCGUACGUCUUUCGACUGUGGGAGAAAACCAGAGCACCCGGAGGAAAUCCACGCACACAUUGGAAGGAACGCACAAAUUUUUUACAGUGGACACGGGAAUUGAACUCCGAACUCCGACGCCCCGAGCUGUAAUAGCGUUGCGCUAACCGCUAUGUCCCGGUGUCUCUCAGCUGCUUCAUGAUCUUUGAAACUGUUUUAAUCCUCUGUUAUUUUCAUAGUAUGUAAAUAAAAUUUAUUUAUG